CCAGCUGUCGAUCGGCUCACGCGCGGAACGCGACAGACUGCGAAGCCGCUCUCGGUUAUUAAUAAUUCACCAGCUCCUGUGCGUCUCCGUCCGCCAUCACCGUUGCACCGGGUAUCACGUUAUUUUGUUGUUGUUGUUGGGCUCUUUUUUUUGGCAACCGCACUCAUUCUUAUUGCGAUAUAUUUCACUGAAUUUGUUUGCGAGCGGAUCAGCGUCAGAGCGUCAGCGCCGUAACGCGCCGUUAAAAAAGUGCGACUGUGUUGCGCGUCGCGCGCGCCGUGAUUUCUGCUCAGCCGCCGCGCCCGAAAUUCACCGCUUCUCUCUCUCUCUUUCUCUCUCUCUCUCUGUGACUUUUCAUCAUCCGUGCGGCGAAUUCAAAAGGAAGAGGAGGGAACUGAGAGAAGUGUCCGGCGAAAAAAGGGAUGGAGAUCGAGCGCUGAUAACGGAUGAAGUCUGGCAGAGAGCGACAGAUUUUUUUUUUUGUAAUCGACUCAAAGCAGAAAGUUGUGGCUCGGUGUUCGCCCCACGGAACGGACACGGACUUACCUCGCCGCUUUGAGACAAAGUAACAUAAACGUCAGGGAACAGGAACGAGACCAAAAAAAAAAAAAAAACACUGGCUCGGAUAAAUUCCCAUAAAUCCCCAUUCUUCAACCGGAGAUCGCAUGAUCAAGUGAUACUUUAGUUUUAAAAUGUUCGGUGCCCCCCAGGCCGUCCCGCAAUAACGCUGCUUUCGCUUCCGGUAUCAUCCGAAGAAACCGAGCCGCUCGCGCUCCCUCUCCCACACUUUUUUUGGAAACUUUUUUUUGUCUGAAGGAGGAAAAUGGGUCUUUGAGACUGUUGGCACUAUUCCCCGCUCCACAAUGGCUACCGAAACAUUUCUGGUGAAUGAAGACCCGUCCAGAGGUCCUGGGAUGCCGGAAUGCUUUGUUGUGUCUGAUUCCUACCGGGAUGAGUUCCAUCCGUUUAUCGAGGCGCUGCUGCCGCAUGUGCGUGCCUUCUCCUACACCUGGUUCAACCUGCAGGCGCGCAAGCGCAAGUACUUCAAGAAGCACGAGAAGCGCAUGUCGAAGGAUGAGGAGAGGGCAGUGAAAGAUGAGCUGCUGGGCGAGAAACCUGAAAUCAAGCAGAAGUGGGCGUCACGUCUGCUGGCCAAGCUGCGCAAGGACAUCCGGCCCGAGUUCCGUGAGGACUUUGUGCUCACUGUAACGGGCAAGAAGCCUCCAUGCUGCGUGCUCUCCAACCCCGACCAGAAGGGCAAAAUCCGCCGCAUCGACUGCCUCCGUCAAGCCGAUAAGGUGUGGAGGCUGGACCUGGUGAUGGUCAUCCUGUUUAAGGGCAGCCCGCUGGAGAGCACGGACGGCGAGAGGCUCGUCAAAUCACCCCAGUGCACCAACCAUGGCCUGUGUGUCCAACCACAUCACAUCGGAGUCUCUGUUAAAGAGCUCGACCUCUACCUGGCCUACUUCGUCCACACACCAGAAUCUGGACAAUCAGAGAACUCCAACCAGCAAGGAGAAGCAGACGUCAAGCCGCCACCCAAUGGACACUUGAGUUUCCAGGACUGCUUUGUGACUUCAGGAGUGUGGAACGUGGCCGAGCUGGUCCGCGUGUCACAGACUCCAGUUGCCACGGCUACCGGUCCCAACUUCUCCCUGGCCGACCUGGACAGUCCUGGAUAUUACAACAUCAACCUGGGUCGCCGGUCCAUCACAUCCACCCCAUCGACCAGGACUGAAAUGGAGCUGUAUGGCAGUCUCCCUCGGAGCUCAAACAAGCGCAAGUCCAUUGAUGACAGUGAAAUGGAGAGCCCAGUGGAUGAUGUGUUCUACUCGGGCCGUUCCCCUGCACCCGGAGGCUCACAGCCCAGUGGUUGGCCUAACGAUGUGGAUGCAGUGCAGCACCAUUUGGCCAGUAUGCAGGAGAGGAAGAUUAAACAUGAGAGCGAUGGCGUGCAGUUUCCUUACCAUGGACUCUCGUCGCCUGGUUCUCUUAAGAAGCCGGGGAAAUUCGAUUUCAGCGCUCUGUCCGGCCAGACGAGGUCUGCCCGCAUGCCGUUCACCCACCACCCACUGCCCAUGCUGGCAGGAGUGAGACCAGGGAGCCCCCGUGCCUCAGCCUCAUCUCUGCACUUUCCCUCUCCCUCCAUCAUCCAGCAGUCGAGCCCUUACUUCACUCACCCCACCAUCCGCUACCACCACCACCCGGGGCAGGACCCACUCAAAGAGUUUGUGCAGUUUGUGUGUGCUGAUGGACCGGGCCAAGCUGGAGGUCAGCAUACUCCACGCCAGGCUCCACAACUCCCAACAGGUUUGUCAGCAUCGGAUCACGGGACAACAACUUUCUAAAUAUCCCCCAGCAGACACAAUCUUGGUUCCUCUGACAAAAUCUGCCUGCCAAUAAGAAAUUAAAAUCCCAUCUCUACAAUCUGGAAUCUUGAAUCAGGACACCAAAAAAUUGCACCUAAAAUUGCCCUCGUGCCCUAUUGGCCCAAUAGAACAACAAAGGAAACCAGCAAAUCUUCUUAUCAUUUGGAAUCUUCUGAUCCUGUCGACUCACGGCAAUGACCCCUCUCCCUUUUUUUAAACAAGAGGAUCAUGUGACAUUUUGAAGGAGGACAUGGAGUCUCACAAAAACCACAGAAAGACAACAACAAAAAAGCAGAAACACAAAAGAACAACCCGAAGAGGAAAAAAAAAAAAAAAAAAUCUGUUACUUAUAUUGUGCAAUGGCUGGGGACAUCAACAAUGGUGAGGUUUUAAUAAUAGUAAUAAUAAUAAUAAUAAUUAUAAUAAUUAUAAUAAUAAUAAUAAAGCAAGCAAACUUAAAAUAGUUAAAGAAACUAUUGGGACAUCAAAUAACCGAGAUCCUGACAUCUAGUAUGGAGUUGAAGCUAAAACCAGCUAAUCGUCCCUUCUGACACCAUUUGUAGUUCAGCGUAGAAAUUGGUCUCGAUGUGUCCAUUCCUUUGACAGCCAUCUUAACAAGAAAUUACUAAUCAAAAACACAAUCACACAAAACAAAAACCUAAAGUAUUGCACUAGAAAAAAGGAAAGUAUGGAAAAACGAAACACUACUCUCGUGUCCGCUAUUGAAAAUAGGAUAGACAGAGAAAAAAAAAAUGUUUGCACACAAUCUUUUGAGGUAAACGUGAACGUGGACGUGGACAUAGACACACUAAAGUUAAUGUUGGAUGUAAGUCAACAGUCAUAGUGGACAGAAACUCAUUUUAGGCUGAAAUAGGAAUACAUGCUAUGAUCUAGACAAAAACUACCUAUGGAGUCUGUCCAAUCAAAACUAAUCUAAUUCAGGCCUUAUACUCGCCCUUAGUGCCAAUUGAACGCCGACUGUAAUCCCUUUGGGUAAUGCCAGCCCUAACACACAUAUACAGAAACACACACACACACACUUAAAUUCACUGCCAUGUCUCUGAGCUGCUGCCAAGAAAUAGUCACAUUUUCUGAAAAGGAGCUAAUUAUUAUAUUUCGUUCCUGCUUUACAUUCCAAAUCAGAAACCAUUACAAUGCCUUACAAGCUCUAGAAACAUUCUAGGACAUCAGUUUGUAUCCAAGUUUGUUAUGUUGUCGUUAGUUGUAUUGAAGUUCACACAGUGUCCCACUAAAGAAAAGUCUUUUGUCUUAUCAUCAGGAGUUCAAAUCCCAACAAUGCCACAGUCAUCCAGAGCCCAAGAGAGUAAACUUUGCCGUGCUCUCUGGAUGGAAGAAAUGGUGUUAAACUCUCCACUAGCUAUUUAGGUCACGUUUUAGAACCUGGUAGCUUUGCUUCUGCGAGCUCGUGUAUGCGGAAGUAAGCAGUUAGCACUUCUGUGUGUUUGUAGCUGCCCUGUGACCUAAGCAUGAGCAGCAUUUCAUGAUAGAUGUGGAGGCUUCAUGUGCCUUGGGGAAGCAUGUGAUAUGAGGCCUUCAUCUUCUCUGAUUGGGAGCUGUUAAUCGACAGGGUUAAACUAGCUAGUAGAUGGGAAUUGGCGAAAUGAGAAAACUGAGGGAAAAAUGAUCCCCCACCUGCACAGUGAACAAGUGCUGAACAAUAGAGAUCAUUUGUGACUGGAACCAGGGGUCACAACAUCCAUAUUCUUUCUUUAGAUUGUCUAGUUCAACAGACUCACAACAACUCACCCCAGAACAUUUUCAACACUACUGGUGUAAUUGUUUUUAUAACAAAACCUAGACACCCUGUCAGUGGGUGGAGCUUGUGUCAAACCUCUGGUUCCUGUCACUACCAUUGUGAACAAUUAUUAUAUGGCGAUUACAAAUUUCUCAAGAAUGAUGAGUUGUUUUUUUUGUUUUGUUUUUUAUAUCAAACCCACCGGAAAGACUCAGUGGACGUCUGCUUUAAUGGCUAGUCGAGACACCCCAUCCUGUCUGUACUGUUUACUCUCCCAGACGGCUGUGUUCCAAGAACGCAAGGCCACACUGUGGAGCAAAAGAGUGUUAUAGUUGUGUGCAGAAGGAGAGGGGUAUGUCACAGCCAUUUCGAUCAGACAUUGCUUCAUCGGCUAUGUUCACGUCCUGUUUAGUCAUUCACAACGUUUAUUAAAGGCAGAAAGCUCAGAGCAUGGCCUCAGACUGUCUCUCACACACACACACACACACACAAACACCUUCCACUGACUGAUUUAAAGGGAAGCCUUGGUUUUAACGCAGGGCAAUCCUAAUCUGCCUUCACAUAGUCAUGCUGAAAUUGUCAUAAAUCAGCUUGUUUUAAACAUCAGUUUAAUUUUUAGCCGCACUAUUCAAAUCACCGAGCUCACAAAAUAACUGGACUGCCUGAUUCUGUGUCUCACUGCAGGGAAGCGUGGUUGCCGUAAGGCGGCCAUGUCAUCAGCGUAGUAGAGGACUAGCAUUGCUAAAAUGAGAAUUAAUGAUGGCGAUGGACUUUUCUUUUCUAAUCAAUGGAAGUGCCUCUGUAUUCCCAUUAUGCAAUUUGUUAAACAUGAAUUCAGGUUAUUUUCUCACAUAUAAGCUAUAGAGGAAGAAAUUUUUAUGUCUGGAGCAAAACAAGUGGCAAGUGACAGCUCACUAAUUACAGACAUCUUUAUAUAUACAGGAGAUAUCCAUAUAUAUUUAUAUAAACAUUUUUUUUGUUCACAUAAUAAGCUCAGUGGCAGUCUAGUUAUUUUCUGAAGUAUGGCAGCAUUUCGAUUAAUAAAUGACUUAUUUUUCAGUAGUACCAGUCUUGAUACCCAGUUAUACACUCAACAUAGGAAAAGCCCAACAAGCAAAGUCCCUGGAAAAUUAAAAAACAAAAAAUUAAAAAAAAAAAAAAAAUAGAAAAUGUAUUUCUAUAGUAAACAGUAUCAGUAGUGUUGAGGAGAAAGAUGUGGCUUUUGAGUUCUUUUGUGUUUGGAUGGGAAGUAUUUGUAAUUGAAAAAUAAUGUAUGUUGAUUGAGCCAUGUGCAAUGCCUUGGGUAGAGAAAUGUGUUCGUCUGUUAGAUUGUUAGAGGGUGUGAUAGAAGAGGGGGAAAAAUACCCUUCUGUUAUUGUUUCAAGUCCAAAUGGUCCGGGACUCUAAACUACAGGGCGGAGAGAAAAAAAAAGUCUUUGUAAGUUUUGGGAGUUUUUUAAUCUUUCUUUCUUUUUUUUUUUUUUUAAAUAGCCUUUUUUCCUUUUUUUUAUGUUUAUUUGUAAUGAUUUGUGCUCAAAACUUGGGAGGGCUGAAGAAACAGUUUUGCAACACAUCAAAAAUAUAUAUAUCACUAAAUGAAACUGGUGCUUUUUAUGGAAUACAGUACAUUCAAACUCUAUUAUACAUAAAUAAAAAAAAAAAACAAGUAAGUGUUAUCAUAACGCAAAAAUUUUAGGAAAAACAUGCAUACUCUAUUUCUUGUUUAGAAUUUAGUAAAGGGGGAGGGGUUCAUUUUAAUUUAAUUAAACAAAAAAAAGGCAUUUUUCUCCCAAAGGAGGGUCUAGUCACAGAGGAUGGAUAAAAUCCAAAUUCACGCAAAGUCCUGAGAAGGAAAAUCUAAAAACAAACAAACAAAAAAAAAAAAGGAUUUAUUGUUUACAAUGUAAAGUUGAGACGGACGAAAUUGCACUAUGUAUUCGGCAGCCAUAAUUCCACACCUUACUAACCAUUAUGAUACAUUACAGUCGAUUCUGUUCGAGACGUUAUCCAGCGAGAAGCUUAGUGCAUUGUUGGCUUUUGUACAUAGAGGUUUCAAACAGAUCCAAGCUGAAUGACAAGAUCUUCCCUUUUCUUGGGAGAUGCUUUUAAUCGACUUGAUCGCCCUUGAAAACAGCAGAAAUUAGACCUUUUCAUCAGUAGCUGUUGUUUUUUUAUCAUUAUUAUUAGCCUCCCUUCUUAUGAUCAGUACUUGUAUGAGCCGAACGUUAUUUUAAUAAACAGAGCUGAAAAUGUUACAAAGUGAACCCCACCCCCUCUCCUAAACCAACACCCCCUCCCGGUCCCAAUGUAAAUUACUCUAAACUCUAAAUAUUUGUUUUGUGAUGUAGUGUUAGACUCAGAGCAUCUUCAAGGUUGUCCCUAAAAAAAGUGCCUUUGUUCACAGACUCCAUCUUGUAAUCCUCAGUGCCCGUUUCAGAAAACCCCCCUUUCAACCCGCUUCUAUAUUCUCUCCUUCUUCAAGCUCUUCAAAGCAGUAUAUAUAGUACUAAAGGAAAUCGGUGUGACUUAGUUUCUCUUUUUAUUGUUGAUGCUAAAAUUGAGAAAAAAAAGAAAAAAAAACAAAAA